AUGAGUGUCCCGCGGUGCCGGCCCCAGAACCUGACCCUGACCGGCUCGGACCGGAACCUCCUGCUAACGUGGGAAGAUCCCCCAGCAUGCAUUUCACCGCGCGACCCGCUCGUCUACGAGUUGACGGUUCUGAUGGAGGACAAACAAGUCCACCAGGAGGAGGUUGCCGUGGCGACGGCGCGGGCCGGAGCCCCGCACCGCUGGAGCUGGACGUCCCCCGUCCCGCUGGAGUGCGUCUCCCACUCCGUCCGGCUGAGCCGCCGCUACGACGGCGGAGCUCCGUGGGAGGAGACGCGGACGCUGCCCGGGCUUGGCGGCUCCAGGGCCGUAGGCGUGUUCCCCCGGGACCAGAUGUUCCGGGUGGGCAGCGAGGCCACGUUCUGCUGCGUCCCCGCCCCCGGGGAGACGUCCAGGGACAUGUACGUGAACGGCGACUACGCUGCCCCGCUCAGCACCACGCGGCUGGGGAAUCGCAGCUACGCCCUCACCGUCCGCCUGGACCGGACAUCGCCGCGCUGCGUCGACGUGAAGUGCAGGACGGACCGCAGGGAGUACGGAGCCUGCACCUUCAUCUCUGAGCCCCCCCAGGACCGGGACCUGCAGUGUGAAACCAGGGACCUGGAGUCGGUUCUGUGUCGCUGGACUCCGGGCUGGGACUCGGACAGGACCGUCUACAGCCUCCUGGGCAGCCCGUGUGCCCCCCCGGUCGGCGGCCGCUGCUCCCAGGACACGGACGUGGGCGUGGGCCGGCAGAACUGGACCCUGACGGCCCAGAAUCCCCUGGGAACGCUGGUCCUGCGCGACGUAGCCGAGCUAGCCCAGCGAGUCCGCAUGUUCGCCCCGGUGGGCGUGGCCGCCGCCAGGGUGGACGCCCGCAGCGCUAGCCUGGCGUGGCGGUGGGCGGAGCCGCGCUACCGCAGCCUGGACCUCACCUGCCAGGUCAGCGCCGAGCACGGCCGAGGACCUAGCGUGCAGAGGAAUUUCUCCGGACUCGGCCUCGACUCCGCCCUCCUGGACCAGCUGCAGCCGGACUCCACCUACCGGGUCCGGGUUCGCUGCUGGACGACCCGCCACUCGUGGAAAUGGGGCGACUGGAGUGACGGCGUGCACGUGCACACGCACGGCGACGGUGGGUGGACUCUAGGACCCAGGGGAGAUGGAGAUUUUAGUGUUUCAAUUAGGGAUGCCCCGAUUCCAGAUGCUCUGGACGUGUGGGGGCGCGAGGGGGGGGACGGCGGCCUCGUGCUGUGGAAGAAGCCAGCAGCCAAUCAGAGCCACGGCCUGAUCCAGCAUUACCAGGUGGUCUGGGGACCAAUCAGAGAGCAGGUCCCCGCCCACCAGCUGAACCUCACCCGGAGGGGGCGGGGCCUGGACCUGGUCGUCACGGUAACCGCCUGGAACCAGAACGGCAGCUCGGCUCCGGCGACGCUCGACAUUCCGCGAUACAGAGCAGGGACGAACGUUUCUCGGAUCUCCGGAAACCAGCGAGGUCUCAGCCUGUCCUGGGCUAGCACUUCCGUAGCCACCUGCGGCUACAUCGUGGACUGGACUCCCUCGGCGGGACGAGGCCCGCUGGACUGGCGGAAACUCCGGCCUGAUCAGACCACCUUCACCGUUCCGUCAGAGAACCUCCUGAAGGGAGUGAGGUACCUGUUCUCCGUCUACGCCUGCACUUCGGGAGCUCCGGUGCUCCUCCAGGAACGAGAAGGCUACGCCGAAGAGACAAAAAUGGAGAAGCUGCUCUUCAGGUCUCUGCGGCUCCAGCAGCAGGACGACGGGGUGAAGCUGCUGUGGGAACCGUUCCCUCUGCAGGAGCAGAGCGCCUUCAUCCUGGGAUACUCGCUGUACUGCUGGAAGGAGGAGGAGGAGGAGAAGAAGGAGGAGCUCAGUAUCAGUCACACGGCCGACCCUGAGUCCUGCAGCCUGACGGCCGGGAAGCUGGGAGCCGGUUCCUACCGGUUCAUGGUGGCGGCGCGGACGGCUCUGGGGGAGUGUGGCAACACCAGCAUCACGGCCACCAUCAACCGCCCCGCCGGGGCCUGGAUCACGGCCGUGUUGGGGGCCGUCGGGGCCGUGCUGGGGCUGCUGGGAUUGGCCGCCGCGGGCUGCUACAGCCACUGGGACUGGUGA